AUUGCUCAUUGAAGAAAGAGUAUUUAAUGAUCUGUUAAUAUUAAUUAUGCUUUUAAUUCCAUAUUUUUCAUUACUCUUAAAACUAAUUGGCAUCAUAGAGUGUAAAUUGAUUCCUCAAUAACCAUGUACUCUGUGUGUCUGUUGAUUUAAUUUACCAGAAUUUUUUUGUAGUUUUUUUCUUUAUGCUUGUAUUGAAUAUAACUUCUUGCAUUGACUGGACUUCUUCUUGAAUGAUUGAUACUAAUGGAAUAUCUCACACAGAUUAUCGUUAUACCUACCAAAUAUUUCCAUGCAAAAAAGGGAUUGAUAUCUUAAAAUUUAUAAUGAUACUAUACCCUGGUGCAACCUCAUGGUGAUUUGUUGUGACUCAUUUAUAAGACUGUGAUAUUAUGCUUAUGCUUGUAAUUUAAACUGUAAUGGAAAUAGAAAAAUAUCAAGGGUGUGAAAUUUUUUGUAAUACUGAAUGAGAUGGAGCCGUUUUCAUUCCGUGUUGAGAACCAAAGAAACCAUCAAGAAGUCUGUGAAAUUGGUGAUUUGCCCAAUGAGUUAUUGACUUACAUUUUCUCAUUCCUUAGCAAAACUUACAUUUAUUCAACAAUAUUUAAAGUUUGUAGGCAUUGGAAAAAUGUGGCAUCUCAUCCAUCUUUGUGGCAUACCCUUCAUUUUGAGUCUGAUAAUUCCUUGGGAGUAACAGAAAUGACAGAAAUGCUCUCAUUUGCCCCUGAAUUAUUGUUUUUGAAGAUUCGGGAAUCUGAAAACAUAAUCCCUGUCUUGCAACAGCUUUCUCAGUCAUGUCCCAAACUGCAACACUUGGAUAUUGGAUUUAAUUCUAUUGAAAAUAAGGAAGUGAUAGAGCUUCUUGUUGAGAAGUGUCCUCAAAUUGAAAGCCUGAAUCUAGAAGGUACUUCUGCCCAAGAUCCUGAGGAAUCUGUUUUCUUUCCUUUUGCUGCCUUAGAACACUUGAAAACUCUAAACUUGUGUUACUGUAAAUGGGUCACAGAUGAUUUCAUAAAUAAAUUAUCACAAAGUAAAUCUUCUUUUGAGAAUCUUGACAUAGAUGGAAUACCUUAUCCAACUGACAGCUCAAUAGCAAAAUUUCUUGAAGAAAAAGGCUCUCAAAUUAGAAUUCUGAAGCUGGAUGGUGAAGGUCUCACUGAUAUCUCAUUUGGGAAGUUGGCAAAAUGUGAAAGGCUCUCUGAGUUGUCAAUUUCUUUCUCAGAGAACAUGACUUAUUUAUCCCUAGAAAGAAUUGUACGAAAUUCAAAGCUCAGGAAAUUGUACAUCAGGAAGGGUACGAGUCUAGCCCCAAAUGGUCUGCAACAAGCUUUCUCUCAACUGAACUGUGUGUUGCUGGUUUCUCUCUACCUUAGUGAAUGUCAUAAAAUGGAUGACAGGACUUUAGAAAUAUUGCUUCCCAAAGUGCCUUUAUUGACUAAAUUGAACCUUGAUUGGUGCAGUUUCAUCUCUACAAUUGGCUUUGCUCACAUCAAGACUCACUGUUCACAUCUGAAACAUCUUGGUGUAAUGGGUCUUUGCAGAGUUGCCGAUUCUUCAUUGAGUGACAUCCCUGCUUGGCUUCCAAACUUAAAAUUUUUAAACCUUACAAGUUGCAAUGUCAUAUCAGAUCAAAGCAUCAUUGAUCUUACCACACUGAUGCCAGACUUGUGUGUAUUGAACUAUUAUGGAGAAGCUUUUGUCAAUGGUGAGCCAUCUGACAUCAUGUCAGUAUUCAGCUGCAUACUUUAACAUUGCAGUGAACGAAUCAAAUGCUUUUAACUUCUAGGUUAGCCAAUUUGUGAAACUGCAAGAUUAUUUUUAAAUUUUAAUAAAAAAGAUUCAGCAGCCAUCAUUAUGCCCUCAAUAUAAUAAAAGUUCUUUGAUAUAGCUGUAUAUGCAGAAAAUUUGC